AUGAUGGGUCGAAUUGUAGUUGAUAUCAAAGAUUUAAAAAAUGUUAAUCGAUUUAUGCUCGUUGCAGCCAUAGCCGGGUUUGCGCGAAUAGCUCCAGGUGACGUAUUUGAAGUUACUGUGCGUCAUGGCAAUCAAAAAUGGCGCACAAGGGGAAGAACGCAGUCGGAUCGAACGCAACAUUGGGACAAAUCGCAAGUGAUUCUCCAAUGCCAACCUGAAGCUAUAAUUGAUGUGAAGGUUGCAGAAGUGCGUAUGUUCAAAGCGAAGCUGUUAUCUGAGCGAUCCUUCGAGCUUUGUGAGCUGUUUUCCUUGGAACCGCAACUUGUGACUAUGAACCUGAACCAAAUUGGGACCAUCAAGUUGCAGUUAGUUGUGACGUGG